GAUCAUGGUUCCCAGCCAACAUUAGUCCUGCCGCAAAGUGAUGCGACACGAUCGCGGCAGCAUGCAUGGAAUGCAGCCCGCCAAAUCCAACUGGAUCGCGUCGCACAAUUAUCCAACGGCAACAGCGGCGAGAGGCGUGAACCAGACUGCACAGCGGAGAGCUCGAACAGCGAUACCUUCACAAGACUUCGAAGUCAUGAGCAUGAAGAAGGUCGAGUGGCUGAUGAAGAUGGCUGUGAUGUCGAUCGCGAGCUGGAUCUGCCGUGGAAGACUAGAGAUACAGGUUCUGCAAAUUUAAGUGUUUUGAUCGCUAACUGUGGUUUCGGUCCAGCUGCAGAGUUACCGGAAUCCUUUUCAGACCGUGGCGGGGCUUGCUCACGCGGUCUACCAAGGAUCAUGAGCUCGAAGAGGUCUUGUAUUAUGCGGUGCAGACUGAGAAGCGGCAGGGUGAGUUGCCAUGCUGGUGCUUUUGAGAAACCUCCAGGAUCCAGUGCGGCGUUAAUGGAGACGAUUACCAGACAGACUACUUGCACGAAUGCUGCCAUGUGA